AUAACAAGAGAUUUAUUUAGUAUAUUUGAUUGUGUGUGGGGUGCCGGUAGUGCUUUAAGACGAGUAUCAGUUUGAAUUUCUGGUCUUAUUAUUGUUUUUGUAAGCUUUAAUUUCUUAGUGUUUUUUUACAAUAUAAAUGAAGGGGAGGUAAUAAUUAUAUUAAUUUUUGAGAGAAUUAUUUCGAUACUACCUAAUAAAGCUAAAGUAUUUUCUGGAGUCGGACAUUUAAUUGUAAGUCUAUAUUUAGUUCUUUUACCUUUUUGUGUAGUGGGUUAUUUUCCUUAUAGGUUUUCUCUAGGUGCACAAAUUGCAAUUACUACUAGGCUUUCUUUUCCAUUUUUUAUUAUAACUGUAGCUAUAGGAUUUACUCCUAAUUGAUAUUUAGGUUUUGUGAAAAUAGUUUAUGAUGGAAGUCAUUUUUUAAUUAAAUUUUUAGUAGUUGUGUCAGAAUUAGUUGGGUUAAUAUUACGACCUUUUACUUUAGCUAUUCGGAUAAGGUUAAAUUUAGCUGUUGGUAGAAUAAUGUUAAAGAUUUUUUGUUCUAUAACGGUAGGGCUUUUAUUCCCCUUUACUUAYAGGAUUUUUAGGUUUGGGGGGCCUGUAGUUUCAGGUCUUAUUUUUUCUGUCUUUAGUUUAUUGUUUAGUGGUGUGGAGCUUUGUAUGGGAAUUUUACAAUCCAUUAUUUUUUGUAUAUUAAUUGUGUUUUAUUGUGGGGAUAUUUUAGUAAAACCUGAAUAG